CCUACUUAAGCCUCCUCGCUUUUAUGUACUUUGAAAUGUGUGUGGUUCUUCAUUGGGCAUGCUUCUUGGAGGUGUAAAAAUGCUCCUGCCCUGACUCCACUGAGAAUCAGCGGGAACUACAGAACCUGACUGCACAAGACCAGGAGCAGAAUGCUCAGCUUCCGGCUCACCUAUAUUUUUGUGUACAAUCUACUGCAGUUCUGUGGACACACAUGGAUCCUUACCAACACCAUUGCCAGGUUUCUGACAUUUGGAAAAGAUGCCUUGGCGGACAUGUUUUACUCGGUAGGCUUUGUGAUGAGCCUGUGUCAGCUGUUGUCCUUCCUGGAGCUCUUCCACAUCGCAGAUGGCAUCGAGAAGGCCCGGCUACUGCCACGCUUCAUACAGGUAACAGAGAAGAAUGUGCUUUUGAUAUUGGUGAUCCUGCUGGAGGAGAUGCAGAGUAAGCCUGUGGUGUGUCUGCUGUUUCUCCUCUGGAACAUUCAAGACCUCUUAAGGUACCCCCAUGAGCUGCUGUGUGCAAUGGACAGGCCGUCUGUGACUAUGCUGUGGACCCGCUACACACUGUGGAUUCCUCUGUAUGCUUUGUCUGUGGCCAUGGAAGGCUUCACCCUUUAUCAGGCUGUACCGUACAUCAGUCCUGUGACUGCACCUUCAGAUUUACUCAACUCCACGGUAACCACACCCACCAACCUCCAUUUUGUUCUGGUUGCCUACUUCCCACUUCUGUUACUUGGUGGUAGUAUAACCGUUUGGCAGUUGCUGAAAGAGAGAAGGCACCAUCUUGCCAAAUGGAACAAGAAAAAGAAAACAAAAUUGAAAUGAGCUUUUUGACCAAGAAGUGAGAACUUUAUGAAAGCGGUAUCAUGAGCUUAAGCACUUCUGGUUUCAGCAAGUUUUCAGAGGAAGAAGUAGGCCUGUUUGUACUUCAGUCUAUGUAGAAGUGGGUUCCACUGUAUUUGUUGGUAUAUCAACCAUAAGCUCUGGUCUAAGUGGUUUUCUUAUUGAAAUCUGGACAGGACCUCAAAGCC